GGAGACGGCGGGAGUAGAUGCGGUGGGAUGAAUGUGGAUCUGGCCAAGGACGAGGUUUUAGUGCAGGGAGUGUGGGUGAGCGCUUCUCUACCCUUUCCUUUGGAGCCAGACUUGGGUCUGGGGCUCGAUAGGUAGGAUUCCAGCGUCGUUUGGCCGGCUGUACUCGAUGAAGGAAGCUUGGUAUGACUCCGCGUGCGAGUUGCGAUUGCGUCUUGCUUGGUCGUAGGGCUCAUCGGUGGCGAAGGCAGCGCUCCCUCGGUCUCUUCUCGUUUCAACCCCGUCGACCCUUCGUUUGGAGGCGGAGACUGAGUUUUGCGGCAUUUGCAAUCCUCGUUCGCGCACGGCGUGUCCACCUCCACAUCUUUCUCGAGCUUGAUCGCGCUCGAGGAAUCCGGUGGAUUACAGUUGGGGCAGUUGGCGUCCGUCUCGGCGUGCAGGCACUCGAGCGCCGCGUACUCGCCGCAGUCCAUGACGCGCCCGUUGGUGACAGAGUCGCGCAGCCAUUGUGGAGUGACUAUCGCCUUUUCGUGAGCGAGUCCCCAGUCGAUAUGGCGCUCGAGCCUGCGUCGCAUGUGCACGUUGGUCACCACAACGUCUGCCUCCUCCACCCUACUACACAGCUCCGCGCAGUGCUCCUCCGCAAGCCCGAAUAGCUCGGCGGUCUCGUUCGCAUCCAGCUUGGCCUGGACGAUGUAGACCUUCACGCGACCAAGCGGCUGGGGGUUGUGUUUCAACCGCUUCGGCGGGCUUCGCUCCUCAUAGUCUGACUCUGGGUCGGUUUCCGAGUCAGACUCGGGCUUGUCUCGUUUGAACGGCAUCGCGUCGGGCGCGCAGGGAAAGACGUCGGAGCGCCCAUCGCCGCCAAAGCGGGCGUCGCGGUCGUCGCGGGGAUGGCACCGUGACGUCGGUGGCGGAAGAUCCCGAGAGGAUUCCCACGCGUUAAUGUUGUCUAUCGGUGCCUUGGCUCGGUCGCCUGGCCUUCGUCAGUUCGCUCCCCUGUUCCCGACCACCCUCACGACGCGACCUGGCUCUUUUCACGACGCCAAGCGGGCAUACUAUCCACACCCUCGCCUUACUGGCUUGCUAACGACGGCCGAGUGAAGGUCCUCCGGGCAUCUUGGGGGCCGGGUGAUAACAACGGAAAAUAGCUGUUCUCCGUCAACACUCAGUACAGGCCCAACAGCACAGCCAAUCGCGACGUUUAGCGCUGCUGCAGGAUUUUUUUUCUCUGAGGGGACGUUCGCCUGUGAUCACAGCAAGAUAUCUCGUAUACGAACACCGUCGCGAAGAUCACCAGCACUUGAUACCCGACAGGCCCUAUCCGACGACAUCUUCACUUCGUUCUUCCUUUCCUAGCUUGACAGAUACCCCCCUCCAAAAUGUCGGACCUCUCAGGCGCCACCACCAAGUCCACCUCCUCCUUCGUGACCUCCAUUAUUUUCAAUUCCAUCGUCUUCGGCGGCGAACUCGCCGCUUUCACCCUCUUCCGGCCCUACUUUCACCUCAUCUACGAGCCCCGGGCUUACUCACCCGUCUCCUCCAAACGCGUCGACCCGCUCACGCCCUCAGCCCCCAUCGCCUCGCUCGCCGACUGGCGCGGCAACCUCAACAAUUGGAAGGCGAACUGGCUUAAAUGGCCCAUCAGGCUGUGGGGGGCGGACUACACGCGCAUCAAGGGCGUGAACGGCAUGGACGCCUACAUGUUCGUCCGCUUCCUCCGGAUGCUGAUCCGCAUGUGGCUUCCGAUAUGGCUGCUGAGCUGGAUCGUGCUACUCCCCGUGACGAGUGUAAACACCAACGUCUCCGGCCACGAUGGACUGGAUAUUUUCAUCUUCGGCAACGUCAGCCCUGAGAAGCAAGUGCGAUACUGGGCCCACCUUAUCAUGGCUUGGGCAUUUACAUUCUGGAUGUGGUGGAACAUCCGAUAUGAGAUGCGACACUUCGUGUCGUCCCGUCAGCAUCACCUCAUUGAGCCCUCCCACUCCUCAUCCGCGCAAGCCAACACCGUCCUGAUCACCGGUAUCCCGAAGAAGUACCUCACCGAAUCAGCACUCUCCCAGCUGUACUCCGUUCUCCCAGGUGGAGUGCAGAAGGUGUGGCUCAACCGCGACCUCAAGGACAUGCCGCAGCUGUACGACGAUCAAGUGGCCGCUUGUAAGGUGCUGGAAAGCGCCGAGACGUCGCUGAUCAAGACCGCCGUGAAGCGGCAGGCGAAGGAGGCGAAGGAGGCCGCCAAGAAGAAAGGGACCGCGCCCGGCCGCGUAUCAGAAGACGCGCACCCGCUCACCAAAGCGCACCACACCCACACGAACGUCGAUCUGGCCGAGAAGCUCGUCCCGCGCGCAGACCGGCCCACUCACCGGCUCAAAGCGAAGGGUUUCGAGUGGCUUCCCUUCAGCCUCCCCUUCAUGGGCGAGAAGGUGGACAGCAUCGACUGGGCGCGGCAGGAACUCGCGCGGACGAGCAUGGGCCUCAAGCGUGCCCGGCGCGACUACCGCGCAGACGUGCAGUCCGCCGACGACUCGACGAACGACACCUACCCGCCGCUCAACUCCGCCUUCGUCCUCUUCAACAAGCAGAUCGCGGCCCACCUCGCCGCGCAGAGCCUUGCGCACCACGAGCCGUACCGGAUGGCGAACAAAUACACUGAAGUCGCGCCCGCGGACGUGAUCUGGUCUAACCUCGGGCUGAACCCGUACGAGCAGCGCCUCCGCUGGCUCAUCUCCUUCGGCUGCACGGUCGGGCUCGUGAUCUUGUGGGCGUUCCCCGUCGCGUUCGUCGGCGCGCUGUCUAACAUCCAUUCCCUCGCGACGACGUAUUCGUGGUUGGCUUGGCUCGACGAUCUCGGACCCACUGUGAUCGGUAUCAUUCAGGGUAUCCUGCCCUCCGUGUUGCUAGCAGUGCUGAUGAUGCUCUUGCCCAUCGUGCUGAGGCUGCUUGCACGUUUUGAGGGGAUCCCUACACGGAGCGGACUCGAGCUGAGCCUCAUGAACCGCUAUUUCGGAUUCCAGGUCAUCCACUCUUUCUUGAUUGUAACGCUCUCGUCCGGUCUCAUUGCCGCCUUGCCGGACCUGAUCAAGAGCCCCGAGUCUAUCCCGACGCUGCUCGCUCAGAAGCUCCCUCAGGCGUCUACCUUCUUCCUGACCUACACUAUCCUCCAAGGUCUCUCGGGAACGGCCGGUGGAUUCUUGCAAGUCGUGACCCUCGUGCUUUACUACGUCAAGCUCUUCCUCCUCGGCUCGACGCCUCGCUCCGUGUUCAAGAUCAAGUACGGCGCGCGCACCACUAACCUCGGGACCACCUUCCCCGGUGUCACCCUGCUCAUGGUCAUCGCCACCGCCUACAUGGUCAUCUCGCCUAUCAUCAACGGCCUCGCGUGGGCAUCCUUUGCGCUUUUCUAUUUCUUGUACAAGUACUUGUUCUUGUGGGUGAACCGCACCCCGAAGAGCAGCGAUACGGGCGGCCUGUUCUUCCCCAAGGCUAUCCAGCACAUGUUCGUAGGCAUGUAUCUGCAGCACGUCUGCUUGGCAGCGCUGUUCUUCCUCGCGCGUAACGAGAAGAAUAAGGCAAGCUCGAUCCCGCAGGGUGCAUUGAUGAUCGUUUUGAUCGGGUUGACGUUCAUAUUCCAUAUGAUGAUCAACAACUCGUAUGGACCUCUGAUCCACGACCUGCCCCUUACGCUCGCCGACAAGACGCACGGCCUUCGUCAAGAUUCCCAGGCGCACGAGGCCAAAACCACCAGCAGCCCUGAUCCCGACGCAGAAGACGCGCCCCGGCGCCGGCGCCGCUCCCGGCCGCUUUCGCGAAUGCUCGACCUCGUGGAACCCGAGCGCGCCGGGUCAUCCGCCCAGGACGUCGAGGGCAACCCGGGCAAGGCGAAAGCGUUCCCAGCCGAACAGCCGAACGAAGCCGAGAUGGUCUACCCGCCGAGCCCGCCCACGUCGAACGAGCCCUCGACGCCGGGCCUCAAGCGCCGCAAGAGCGGCGGCUCCGUCGCGUCCGCGUCGACCGGGCACACGAUGGACAGCCAAGGCACGUCUUCAUCCGUGCGCGAAGAGUUCGCCGCGGCCGAGCAAGGCGGAGAAGGCGAGGAGGACGAGGACGUCGGCCCGACGGAUUUCAACCACCCCGCGACCGCCGCCGAGCCGCCGGUGAUCUGGAUACCGAAGGAUGAUCUGGGUCUCGGAGACUACGAGGCGGCGGCGUCGAAGAAGCGCGGAAUCGAAGCGACGACGGAGGGUGCGCAUAUGGAUUCGAAGGGACACGUCGAGAUCUCCACCGCCCCGCCAGACGAUCGCGAGUUGAACGAGUCGUGAGUAGAUGAGAGAUGAGAGAGUGCAGAAGCAUAUACCAGGAUGUGGACUAUCUAAAGUCAACAUUUCGAUUCUAUUAUGAUCUCAUUAAUCCUGAUAAACGCGAAUCGAUGUUCUAAUAGCUGUUUGUAUCCGUAUCCGAUAAGAGAUGCAGUGCGCGGCGAUUACUUGACAUUAGCAAAUAUAUCUAGUGUCCCAACGAUUGACCAAUGAAGUCCAUGGAUAAUGUUGUUAAAGGGAAAGAGGAGAAUAUCAUACGAGAAUGACCGCUAGUAAUAAAGCGCAAAGGAUGACGAUUAGGAUUGCUAUACACCACCCCGAUUUCGUUUCUUCGGUAUCACGGAUAAACUUGCGCAUUCGGCGCAUAGCAUCGCUAAGCUUGGUAUCUGCCCGGUCGACACCCUGUUCAAGGUCAUCGAGCAACUCGUUAUGCUCGUGAACCUCUUGCCCGAUCAGACCUGCUUGUUGCGCGAGAGUAUGGAGCGUGCCGGAGAUGGUGGUCAUGGUCUCGUCCUGCUGGCGAAUCAUCAUCUGCUGCUCUUCGCGCGACCAUGCGGCUUGAUCAUCCUCUUCUUCUUGUGGGGUAUCGGUGUGUUGAGUCCCCGCUGAGUACGCUGGAGGGGGAGUUCUUGACCUAGCACCGCUUUUCACCGCGGAUGAGGAAGACGAGUUGAACUCGGAUUCGACUUCUGCUCUCAUAUUCUCAAUCUCCCGCUGCACUCUCGAUACAUACUUCCGGCGUUCGAUGACUUCGGUCUCCUCGAGCCCAAACAUACGCGCUCCAGUCUCUUCUACUAUCUUCACACUCUCCUCGAGGUCUUCAAGGUCGGCCUCCAACGCAGAUAUCGUUGCUUUCAACUCAUUGCGCGCCCAGCCAAGUUCCUCGCUAUCCUCUCGCGCGGUGCUGCGUAUGCGUCUGUAGGACGAGCGCAGCGUCUCUGCUGUUUGAAGUGAAGACUGUAUUUCUUGUUGUACAGCAUGAUAAGGGUCAGUCGACAUGAU